AUGGGAAACCAAACUCGCUCCUCGCGUUUGACGCUUGUGGACAGGAAGGUGCUCGACGCAUGCGGCGUGUGCGGAGGAGACAACAAGACUUGCACGGGAUGCGACGGGGUGGUGGGGAGCGGCUUAAGGUUUGACUCCUGCAGCAACUGCGGGGGCAACGACUCGUCCUGUGCCCUCCCCUACAUGGGGAAGUGUGUCGAGGAGGAGCUGGAGGAGCGAAGCUCCUGUGGCAGGGCCCCUCCAACAGGAGCAGCAGCUGCGUACUCUGCCUGUUUCGCUCUGGGAACGUCCUGCCUUACAGCUGCCGGCCGUUCCCCCCCCCUCGAGGGACGAGUGGUCUUCUCAGAUGGCAAGAGGACAGCAUAUGGAAGGAUGGAGAGUGAUCUGGUGCAGUGGUCUAAGGGAGGAUGCAACGUGCUGGCGAGGAGCGGAGACUUGGCGGUUGGACCUCCCGCAGACGUGUGCGGGGUCUGCGGAGGGAGCAACUCAACAUGUGCAGGAUGCGAUGGGGUGCCGAACAGCGGGAAGCAGGUAGACCUGUGCGGGGUGUGCGGAGGAGGAGACGACUCGUGUGUGGAUCCUUACAGGGUGAGGGAACGAGGCCUCCUCCUUCAACUGCAACUGCGGUACCUCAAGUGCGUGGGCCUGCGGGACGAGUUGCUGGGGAUCUGUGCACGGGACGGGUAUGAAGUCGCCGAUCAGUUCCCCUUCGUCCUCAACUUCAGUAUGGACGUGUGCGGGGUGUGCGGGGGGAACAAUGCGAGCUGUGCCGGUUGUGACCUGGUGCCUCUAAGCGGGAAGGAGGAGGACGCGUGCGGGGUGUGCGGAGGGGACAACUCAACAUGCCGCGGGUGCGAUGGAGUAGUGUGGAGCAGGAAGACGGUGGACGCGUGUGGAGUGUGCGGGGGAGGAAACGUCUCGUGCUUGGGCUGCGAUGGAGUAGCCUGGAGCGGCAGGGCUCUUGAUGCUUGUGGUGUGUGCGGCGGGGACAACAGCUCCUGCCCCCUCUUCCUCCCUCCUCGUCCUGCGAAGUUCUGCGUUGGGGACCCGACGGUCGCCACCCUGACGCUCGUGGUGCCAACAAGCAGGAUACAGUCGUUUGUCAUCGUGGAGUCAGGAGAUGGGCUGUGGAGAAGUGUUCUUGUCUACCCUCCCUCCUCCUCCUGUGGCCAGUGCAUGUCCUGCCUCGGGGCCCUCGACUCGCCGCCAUGGUGUGCCAGGAGCGGCUGCGUCGGGUGCCCUAGGAGCGCAACCGUGACGCUGUACAGCGAUCUGCUUCCAAGCAACGUGCAGCCCAACUCGAGCUAUCGCAUCCUCCUGGUGCAGGCCGGGAGCAGGGAGGAGGAGACGAGACAGUCAGGUGUGGACCUGCUGGUCCUGCCGCGUCGAGAUGCGUGUGGUGUGUGCGGAGGAAGGAACGAGAGCUGCGCAGGAUGCGAUGGGGUUGUGAACUCAGGAAAGGUCCUUGACCUCUGCGGCUGGUGCGGGAGGCCGAGCGACGCUCGGUUCAACGAGUGUGUGGGAUGCGACGGGAGGGAGGGGAGCGGAAUGGAGGAGGACGUGUGCGGGGUAUGUGGGGGAGACGGCACGUCCUGCCUCGACUGCAUGGGGGUGCCAUGGGGCGACGCAAAGGUUGACAGCUGCGGGACGUGCGGGGGAAGCGACGAGACCUGCAAGCACACGUAUGCGCUGAUAGUGAAGGGAUCGGGCAAGUCGACAUGGGGAGGAGAGGAGGAGCGGGUGUGUGCGGGGAAGCUAGUCUCCGUGAUCUGGCGCGCUCCCUCGAACCACUCGUCCUCUGACCGCAUUGCCCUGUUCUGGUCGGUCAUGCCGCACGUGCCGCUGUCCCCGGACAUGCCUGUGCCCUCAGGGUACGCAGGAGGGAUGAGCUUGUUGACCAGCAGACUUUGGUGGGACGAGGAGGUGAACGGGACGUACCUCUUCUUCAAGUACUUCACUGUCUCCUCCUCUUCCACUUCCUCCUCGUCCUUCAAGAGAGAGAUUGUACGCAGCCCAGGAAUCAUGCUGGAUGCUCCAGCGGAUGCCUGUGGGGUUUGCGGAGGAGACAACUCGUCCUGUACUGGCUGCGAUGGAGUACCCAACAGCGGGAGGGAGGAGGACGUGUGUGGGGUGUGCGGGGGAGACGGUCUCUCCUGCCUGGACUGUCUCGGCAUUCCCUACGGGCCCCACCGACGAGAUCGAUGCGGUCGAUGCGGCGAGCCCGUACGAAGAUGCACAGGAGGAGGAAGCGACGGCAUGUUGUGCGAGGACUCGAGAGAAUGUCAAGGAGGGAACUGCAGCCUCGCAGAGGGGAGGGAAGGAGAGUGGAACUCUUGUGUCGACUGCAACGGGACGGUGAACGGGACCAGUAAGCUCGACUCGUGCGGCAAGUGCGGGGGAAGCGACUCAAGUUGCGAGCGGGGGUACCAGGUGCGAGCAGUGAGCAGCUUGUUCUGCAUGGGACAAGCCGUCUCCGUCCUCUGGCUCGCUCCCUCCACUCGCCCUCCUGCCAACAUCCUGGGGUACGGGCGAGUUGCUGCCGACGGCUCUACUGGGCCUCUGCUGGGCUGGGCAUACACGCAGCCCAAGGAGGUGAGGUCGGGUGCUGGAGGCCUGCUGGGGUCGAGCUCCUACCUGUCGAGCAGCGACUCGACGAGCGGCCUCGUGCUGUUCAAUCGCAGCAGUCUGGAGGAGCAAGCGAGCUCGUGCAGCUCUGCGCCAGCAGCAGGCGAAGCAGGAGCAGGAGCAGGAGCAGGAGCAGGAGCAGGAGCAGGAGCUUGUCUCACAGGAAGUGAGUUCCUGCGGCCAGUAAGAAUGGGGAGAUAUCGCUUUCAGUACUUCCUCUCCCCUCUCAGCCCCUCCAUCGCCGCCCAGAGCCAGCCCUUUGACCUGAUCGACCAGCUGGACCCUUGCGGAGUCUGCGGGGGGAACGGGUCCACCUGCGCGGGUUGCGACGGGGUCCCCAACAGCGGAUUGACGUUUGACAAGUGCGGAGUUUGCGGGGGGAGGAGCAGCUGCGUUGGGUGCGAUGGCGUUCCCUUCAGCGGUGCGCGACUAGAUGUCUGUGGGGUGUGCAAUGGUACAAACGCUGCUUGCACGGGCUGCGACGGUAUCCCCCGCCCUCCUCCUCUCCUCCCCACACGACCGGACAAGUGCGGCCACUGCGGAGGCAGCGACGACUCCUGCGCCGUCCCCCCUGCCGUCGGCAUCCUUCCCUCCAUGUUUUCCUUCGCCUGCUCCAGGACCAGGCAGCUGGGGAUCUGGUGGCAGGUGCCCAGCAACCGUUCCCUGUCCGACUUCGUUGCGCUCUGCAAGUUGGGCGCGAGUCUCCCCUUCUCUCCCACCGACUGUCUCGUGGUCGUUCAGCUGGACUUGAGCUCGAGCGUGCGGGGCAGGACGACUGUCAGCCUGCCGGAUGACUUCCUGGUGCUGGGCUGGUAUGAGCCCCUCCCCAUCCUUUACAAGGUCCCCUCCUCCCUCUUCCCCGACAGCGCAAGUAUCAGCUCCUCCUCCUCCAUCCUCCGCUCUGCGCUAGUUGGGAUCAUGGAGCUCCAGACCAUCUCAGGGGUGCGGGGAUUCUACCCCAAGGAGGGCCAGCUGCAGGAUACCAGCGCAGAGCCCUGCUACGCUCCUUGCUCCUCCUCUCCCUUCCUCUGCUCCGUGUGCUUCAGGAGGAUCUGCGCAGCCAGCGAGACGUGCAAGACGUCAGGGUCCCUCACAGUGAGCAGGGAGGAGACGGCUGGGCUGCAGCUCCCGAGUAGGCAGGGUCUCUACCGCGCCUGCUACUACGACAGCUACGUCACCUUCUCCUCCUCCUCUCCCGUCACCUGCAGCGAGCCCUUCGUCGUCCAGGCUGGCACCGUCGACGCGUGCGGGGUGUGCAGAGGAGACAACUCGUCCUGUGCUGGCUGCGAUGGAGUACCCAACAGCGGAAAGGAGAAGGACGCGUGCGGGGUGUGCGGGGGAGACGGGUCCUCCUGUCGAGGAUGCGACGGGGUACCCAACAGCGGGAAGGAGGAGGACGCGUGCGGGGUGUGCGGGGGAGACGGGUCGUCAUGCAGUGGGUGCGACGGGGUGCCGAACAGCGGGAAGGUCGAUGAUUCGUGCGGAGUGUGCGGGGGGAGCGACUGGCACUGCAGGGACGAGUACUCGCUGACGCUCAGAAGCACUUGUGUUGAUCCCGCCAGCGCUGACCCGAGGCUGGCAGCCACCUGUGCUGCAGCUGGGGAGGGGAGCGGGGCGGGAGGGAGCGGAGAGCUGUGGCAACUCGAGCUGCUGAACGGGAACUCGACGCUGCUUGCUAGCACCUCCUUCGUCUCGCAGACAGGCUGCUCGUCCUGCCAGCACGUAUGGGUGGGAGAAGCCCCUUUUGGAAGGCUUAGCUUGGCGACGACCAGCUCUACCAACAUGAGGUUGAGGGGAGGACAACCGGAUAUCUUCAAGGUGACCACCAAACCCACGACCCCUUACAGCGGUCAGAAGCCUGGAACCUCGGGACUUCGUAAGAAGACUCGUGACUUCAUGCAGAAGGAUUAUCUUGCCAACUUCGUACAGAUUUUGUCCAGCACUCCUCCCCCGCAAGGCUCUGGAGCCCUGAAGCAGCAGGAAGGAGAGAGCUCUGUCUUGUUCACAGUCUCCUUCCCGCCCUCCCUCGAUCCCUUCAUCAGAGAGUUUGUUGUCUCCUCACAAUUCGUCGAUCAGUUCAAGACAAGGCGAUCCCAAAGCCAGGACAGCGCGGAGGAGCAGCGAAAGUCCCUCACAAGGAGACAGCAGGAGGGAGGGAGGCAGCUGAACAACAAGCGCAUUCGACACAUCAAGUUGCCCCACCUGCUCCAUUGCCACAGCAACGAGCAGGAGCAGGAGCAGGAGCAGGAGCAGGAGCAGGAGCAGGAGCAGGAGCAGGAGCAGGAGCAGGAGCAGGAGCAGGAGCAGGAGCAAGGAGCAAGGGAGCAGGAGGAACGAUACCAAAGCUCGGCACUGCGAGCAGGAGCUGAGAAGCUCUCUGCCCCCGAGGUGGCGGCGAAGCCGGACGAGAACUGGGGGCGGACGCAGGGAGCGGUUUUCUCCUCCUCCUCUUCUCCUGCUCUUCCCCCUCCUCCUGCUCGGGCUGGCGGGUUUGACAUCAAGAUCGGAAUCCCUGUGAGGGGCAAGGGGCCAGCGCCAAGAGCUCAGGUGAAGGUGCUUGAACAUGCUGCUGGUUCUGAAGCGUGCGACAAGAUGGAGCGCAGGGCAGUGGAGGGUCAAAGGAAGCAGCACAAUCAAGGGCAGGAAGAGAUCAAGUUCGACUCUCCUCCUCCUCCUCCUCCGUCCAGCGCGCAAGUACUUGCGGCGACGACCCGCUCAGCAGGGCUGCUCGUGCAUCCGUAUGAGCAACAGGGUGCAAUGAGGGAGGAAGCGAAGGAAAGAGGGAUGGAGACAACAUACCAUCAGCAGCAGCAGCAGCAGCAGCAGCAGCAGCAGCAGCAGCAGCAGCAGCAGCAGCAGCAGCAGCAGCAGCAGCAGCAGCAGCAGCAGCAGCAGCAGCAUUUGGGAGCGGGGAUCUUCACCAUGUCGCCGAUCCUGCGGGAGGAGGAAGCCUCUCCGGACAUCUCCGACCCUCUCACCUCCAUCGUCGCCUCUCCUGCCAUUGCUUCUCUUGUCCUCAACCCCUUCUCCGAAGAUUUCUCCCCCUCCUCCUUCCCUCCCCCUCCUCUCCGACGCCCCGAGCUCACUCCCGCCCUGCGCAUCCCCGCCCAUGGCGCCCGCGGCUCAGCUGCUCCCCAGCUCGCCCUCGCCCCUCCUCCUCCUCGGGCUCCUGCAGCUGCUGCGCCUUCACGAGGUCGGUCACCCCCGUUGGUGCUCUUGCUUACCUUCAGCUCAGUCGCUCUGAACGAGGACGCAACCAGCUCGCAGCAGCUGGAGAGGACACCGGUAGUCAGCCCCCCAGCAGUGGCUGGACCAACUUUCCAAGCUCCUACUCCAGCUGAACGACAGGCUCCUCAGCGCGACUCGUCCGCCUCCCCUGCCGCGAGCCCGAAGGCGCCCGUCUCCUCCUCUCUGCGAGCCAGCGAGGGAGACGAGGGAGGAUGGAGGCUACUAUUGCGACAGGCACAGGUGAGACGGGGAGGUGUCAAGCAGGAGGAUGUGGAAGACGAGGAGGACGAGGAGAUGGUGGUGGAGGACGAGGACGAGGAGAUGGUGGUGGAGGACGAGGACGAGGACGAGGACGAGGACGAGGUGGUGGUGGUUUUCAGGCUGAUAGAUCUGCAGGGGUCCUCCUCGCUCAGGAUACAGCUGGCAAAUCAGCUGCAUGGUCAGAGGCCCAUGAGGCUACAGCUGAGGAUCGAGUACAAGGAGCAAGGGAGAGGAAAGAGCAUGACGGUGGUGGUUCCAUUCGACAAGUUCAAGAUUUGA